ACAAUCAGCUCCUCGGUCUUACCACACUGCCAGGUCACUGACCUCCUCCGUGUAGGCUGUCUCAUCGUCGCCGGGUGAUCUGGCCACCAUCGUGUCAUCAGAAAACUUGAUGAUGAUGUUGGAGUCGUGCUUGGCCACUCAGUCGUGGGUCAACAUGAAUAGCUGCACAGCUCAAGUCGUCUUGGGGGUCCAAGAUGGCGCCACUUUCAGUGGGUGUAUUUGAACGUACGUCCCGAUAAGCCAGGAAGAUUAUGAUCAAUACUCGAGGAUUUAAUGUUUUUGGGGGGGUAAACUGACCCUUGCCAAUAUGAAGUAACAAAAGGGAAUUGGAAAACACGGUGAUCACACGACUACAUGGCAUUAGAAACCGAAAAGGGCAAGGCAUGACUGAACAGAUGCUAAUCACCUCUGAUGCUAGCAGCGAGACAGAAGCAUGCAGCCCACGCGAAGACUUUCCAGAACUCAAGGCAAACGACUCAUUAUUCUCACCACUGCCACCUACGCCGAGUAAGAGCCUUCCUACAAAAUACAGAGCAGUCAAAUUGUUCUACCAACCCUGACAUUCUCAAAGCCAUUGAAAAAACAACAGAGACUACUUCCAAAUCAAUAGUCUCUCUCAGGCACUGCGCAGCAACUUCUCAACCAGGUGUCAACCUACAGCGAAAAAAUAUUGACCGUGGAAGCUGAAAUACAGAAACUGCAACAGGUGACUCACCAAAUGCGACAGAAUAUCAUGGGAGUCCUGCGCCACAGCCGGAGAUGGAACAUGAAACUGCAUGGGGUGCGAGAAGAGUACGGGGAGAAAAUACGGAGCGUUACCAUUGACAUCCUCGGGAAAGUAGCACCCAGGAUUUGAGACAAGCUCCCGGAUGUCAACGUGGUGCACCGCCUGGGAAAGCGAAUGGAUGACGGAUCUCUGCGGACAACCAUCAUGCGGUUCACAAUGAGAAUCUACAGAGAUGUCGUAUGGAAAGAAGCCAAUGAGUCCAGGUUUCUUGUGGAGAGUAAACUACAGAUCAAAGAGGCUCUCACUCCAGAAGAUGCUGCUGCAAGGGAAAACUUUGGCCAAUGGUUAAAAAGGCUAGAAAAGAAGGGAAGAGAGCAUCUUUCAGUGGCCUUUUUGCAUUUAUAGAUGGAAAGAAAAUUGAUUGUCAGGACGUCAAGUGAAGGUCAUGAGAGUACUGAAUGUUUUGAAAGCACUGUGUGCUCAGGGAUAUACAGUUGAAUUCGGAAGUUUACAUACACUAAUGUUUUAGUCAUUAAAACUCGUUUUUUCAACCAGUCCACAAAUUUCUUGUUAACAAACUAUAGUUUUGGCAAGUCGGUUAGAACAUCUACUUUGUGUAUGACAAGUAAUUUUUCCAACAAUUGCUUACAGACAGAUUAUUUCACUAAAAAUUCACUGUAUCACAAUUCCAGUGGGUCAGAAGUUUACAUACACUAAGUUGACUGUGCCUUUAAACAGCUUGGAAUAUUCCAGAAAAUUAUAUAAUGGCGUUAGAAGCUUCUGAUAGGCUAAUUGACAUCAUUUGAGUCAAUUGGAGGUGUACAUGUAUAUGUAUUUCAAGGCCUACCUUCAAACUCAGUGCCUCUUUGCUUGACAUCAUGGGAAAAUCAAAAGAAAUCAGCCAAGACUUCAGAAAAAAAUGGUAGACCUCCACAAGUCUGGUUCAUCCCUGGGAGCAAUUUCCAAACGCCUGAAGGUACCAUGUGCAUCUGUACAAACAAUAGUAUGCAAGUAUAAACACCAUGGGACCACGCAGCCGUCAUACCGCUCAGGAAGGAGACGCGUUCUGUCUCCUAGAGAUGAACAUACUUUCGUGCGAAAAGUGCAAAUCAAUCCCAGAACAACAGCAAAGGACCUUGUGAAGAUGCUGGAGGAAACAGGUACAAAAGUAUCUAUAUCCACAGUAAAAUGAGUCCUAUAUCGACAUAACCUGAAAGGCCGCUCAGCAAGGAAGAAGCCACUGCUCAAAAACCGCCAUAAAAAAGAUAGACUACGGUUUGCAACUGCACAUGGGGACAAAGCGCGUAAUUUUUGGAGAAAUGCCCUCUGGUCUGAUGAAACAAAAAUAGAACUGUUUGGCCAAAGUGACCAUCGUUAUGUUUGGAGGAAAAAGGGAUAGGCUUGCAAGCCGAAGAACAGCAUCCCAACCGUGAAGCACGGCGGUGGCAGCAUCAUGUUGUGGAGGUGCUGCAGGAGGGACUGGUGCACUUCACAAAAUAGAUGGUAUCAUGAGGAAAGAAAAGUAUGUGGAUAUAUUGAAGCAACAUCUCAAGAUAGUCAGGAAGUUAAAGCUUGGUCGCAAAUGGGUCUUCCAAAAGGACAAUGACCCCACGCAUACUUUCAAAGUUGUGGCAAAAUGGCUUAUUAAGGACAUCAAAGUCAACGUAUUGGAGUGGCCAUCACGAAGCCCUGACCUCAAUCCUAUAGAAAAUGUGUGGGCAGAACUGAAAAAGCGUGUGCGAGCAAGGAAGCCUACAAACCUGACUUCGUUAUACCAGCUCUGUCAGGAGGAAUGGGCCAAAAUUCAUCCAAUUUAUUGUGGGAAGCUUGUGGAAGGCUACCUGACAUGUUUGACCCAAGUUAAACAAUUUAAAGGCAAUGCUACCAAAUACUAAUUCAGUGUAUGUAAACUUCUGACCCACUGGGAAUGUGAUGAAAGAAAUAAAAGCUGAAAUAAAUCAUUCUCUCCACUGUUAUUCUGACAUUUCACAUUCUUAAAAUAAAGUGGUGAUCCUAACUUAUCUAAAACUGAGAAUUUUUACUAGGAUUAAAUGUCAGGAAUUGUGAAAAACUGAGUUUAAAUGUAUUUGGCUACGGUGUAUGUAAACUUCCGACUUCUACUGUAGCUACACUAACUUAAAAUUGAUAUCCUAUUCUUUCUAAGUCAAAUGAAAACGUUAAGAGUUAGCUAAAUUACUUGAGUUUAUAAAUCGAUUGCCAUUUUUACAUUCACCCCGUUUUAUAUCACCAGGUUCGUAAAUCUGAAUACGGGUUCAUCAUAUUGAUCAUAACUACCUCGGUUUAGGGUAGUCCAGUUCUUUCUCUAAACUCAAGUUUCCUUAUUGUCUACCUAGCUUACUAGUUCAACUAGUUAACCAGUUAUUAAUGUCACUACACUGUAUUUGUCUUAUUUUAAUUAGAUUUUUGUCAGGUUAUGCAACGUUUUGAAUUCAGUGCACUAAAUAUUGUAUCUCUAAAUGCCACGUGUUUACGAAACAUAAAUAAAAGAAAACAAAAUAAAAAAGUGCUUAACAUUCUAAUGCAGAUUCAAUUUUACUCCAGGGGCCUGUUGCACAAAAGUAGAAUUAAGACAUCCGGGAUAAAUGACUCAGCUGAGCUCAAUGAAGCCAAAACAUGUGCGUCCAGGCUUAAUUGGUUGCACAAAGACCAAGCCAGGAUGAGCAGACACGGAUUCAUUAAGCCAGGUGAAACCAAUCCUGGAUAGGUGCGCGCUCACGGCUCACUCAAAUAGACCCCGCCACAGAUCACAGAUUAACUGAUUUACCAUGGCAACUAGAGCCGCGUACUUUUCCCCGUCGGAAGCACAAAUCCUCAUGGAGGCAUACGAGGAGGUAAAAUAUAUAAUUAAGAAGAAAGGCAACACCGCCACAGUGAUAAAGCAAAGAGAAAAAGCGUGGCAAAGUAUUGCAGACCGCCUGAAUGCAUUAAACAUGAACGGGCCAAAACGGACAUGGCAGCAGGUCAAAAUCAAAUACAAGAACAUUCUGCAGAAUGCAGUGAAAAAGAAUACCCACAGACAAGGCACGGGUGGUGGGUCACCAAAGGCUGACCUUACCCCAGCAGAGGACAUGGCCUUGGAGCUAAAUAAAGGCAGGCCCGUCUUAGAGGGGAUCCCUGGGGGGAAAGAGACGAGCAUAGGUUCCUCCCAAGAUGCCACCCGCUUCAUUCAAGUGUCUGGCAGCACUGUGUUCCUGUUAGAGCCACCAGCACAAGCACCAGACGAUGCUGAUCCAGGUGAAGGCCCCAGUGCAGCAGCAACAGCACAUGAUGGAGACGAUGAUGAGGAGGAGACCAUCUCUCUGGAUUCCAAAAGGCAUGAGGACCCAGAUGCUAUACAGUGGGAAAACCAGCCUGGCAACAUAAGCUCACAAGCUAUCAGAAAGUUGUAUGGCAACCACCUCCGGCGCCAAAUAGAACUGGCAGACAUAGACAUUCAGUACAAGAAGAAAAAGAUGGAAAAUCAUGCACUGGAGUCCGAAAUAAAAAAGAGGACAAUUAGGAAACUGGACCUUGAAAUAAAAAAACUUGAGAGGGAGCUCCAAGAAGAUGACACAGCUCAAAAUAAAAAUUAGCAAUCAGUACAACUGGAGCAAAUGGUUUGUGUGGCCUUGCGCUUUUUUGCUAGUGGAGCCUUCCUGUACUCAGUGGGGGAUGCAGAACAGCUGAACAAGGCCACAAUUUGCCGCACAAUAAGGAGUGUGUGUCUGGCUAUCAAAGCAUUAGCAGAUGUCUUCAUCUCCUUCCCUGGCCACAGAAGACUCUGUGACAUCAAAGAGGAGUUCUAUAGGAUUGCAGAUGGUCUGCAAUGCUGACUGUGUGAUCAGCAAUGUUGUGGCAAAAUGGCCUGGCUCAGUCCAUGACUCCAGAAUCUUUCGGGCCUCUGAAAUCUAUCAGUGCCUAUCACAAGGUGAAUUCUCUGGUGUGUUGCUGGGAGACAGGGGGUAUGGCUGCCAGCCUUUUCUCCUGACACCUUUCACAGACCCCCAGGAAGCACAGCAGGCCUACAACCAUGCCCAUGCCAGGACCAGGGCCAGAGUUGAAAUGACCUUUGGCCUCCUGAAGGCACGCUUUCACUGCCUUCACAAAUUAAGGGUCAGCCCUGUUAGGGCAUAUGAUAUUACUGUGGCUUGUGCUGUCUUCCACAAUGUGGCCUGCCUGAGGAAGGAGAGGGCCCCCAGAGUGCCACCAGCCAUGGACUGGGACAAUCCGGCAAUCUUCCCUGAUGACGACAGUGGUCGGCUGAGGGACCAAUAUGUGUUGAAUUAUUUUAGUUAGUAUGUGUGCUUUCAAUUUUGGUUAAAUAUGUCCUGCGGUGGCAGAGGAAUUUGGGUUUUUUUGGGUUCGUUUUUUUACGAAUUUGGCCUCUUAUGAUGUUUGUGCGGUAUACUGUGUGUAAUACAAGGCUGCAGGGAGGCUACUGCAUCCAUUCAUUUGUCUGUUCAGUUGAUGUGUAUGGAUUUGUCCUGCAUUUAUUUUAGUGUGCAGACAUGCAGGGUGUGUUAUAUACAGACCUUUGAAUGUGUAUGUAUCAUUUUGUAUAAUAUGCUUGGAUUCUGUGCUUUCCAUCUUGUAGAGUCACUGACUUCAGUUUUGAAAGGAGCUGAUGGUUUACCUGCUUUGUUUUGUCCUUAUUCAAUAAAGGAACAUAAUGUUACACAUUGUGUUUUUAUAUUCA